AGCCCGAUGCUUUUAUGGUGUGAAACGCGCCGCUUUCGACCCUCCAGGGUGGGAAAGAGAGGAUCGAGUAUCAUGGGCAUCCCCUCCCCUGCUACCCAUGCAUCAUCUACGAGAUUCAAGGCACCAAAACAUCCACCACCCACCUCGAAGUCCACCAACUGUCUUUUCUCCACCGGCGGAUGAUCUCUUGUUGACAGCAGGCCGCCCACGAGUGUCUCUGACUUCCUUUCAACGUUAUCAACGCAAACAAUGACAAACUUCCCUUCCACUCUGGCUAAUUGGCAGGUUCUUGAUGGAUAACUAUCAUGGGUAUAAAAUACCCGAUCCAUACAGCUGGCUGGAGGACCCCGACAGUGAAAAGACGCAGGCGUUCGUGAGUGCUCAGAAUCAGCUCACGUUGCCGUAUUUGGAGCACUGCGAGGUGCGGGAUCUGUUCAAGGAGCGCAUGACUGAGCUGUAUGACUAUCCCAAGUAUAGCUGUCCCUUCAAAAGGGGAAACAGGUACUUCCACUUCUACAACACUGGCCUCCAGAACCAGAGUGUGAUGUAUUUGCAAGAGAGCCUGGAUGCAGAACCUACCGUCUUUUUAGAUCCCAACACGUUUUCUGAAGAUGGCACAGUUGCCUUGCGAGGCUACGCGUUCUCGGAAGAUGGCGAGUACUUGGCGUACGGCACGAGCGCCAGCGGCUCGGACUGGGUGGAGAUGCAUUUCCUUCGGGUGGAAGGCGCCGUGGAACUCGAGGACCGUCUGGAACGAGUCAAGUUUAGCUGCAUGUCGUGGACGCAUGACGGGAAGGGCCUCUUUUAUAAUUCAUACCCCGAGCAAGAGGGAAAGAGUGAUGGCACUGAGACAUCAACUAAUUUGGACCAGAAGCUCUACUACCACAUUUUGGGCACGCCGCAGUCUGAGGACGUGCUUUGCGCGGAAUUUCCCGAUCAUCCCAAGUGGAUGAGUGGAGCUGAGGUUUCAGAUGAUGGCCGCUAUGUGCUGCUGUCCAUCAGGGAAGGCUGUGAUCCCGUCAACAGACUCUGGUAUUGUGACCUCAAGAAGACCCCUCAGGGCAUUACAGGCCUUCUGCCCUGGGUGAAGCUCAUCGACAACUUUGACGCCGAGUAUGAGUACGUCACCAACGAGGGCACGGUGUUUACGUUCAAGACCAACCUGGACGCGCCGCGUUACCGCCUCAUCAACAUCGACUUUGCCUCGCCGGCGCCGAGCGACUGGGCGGAGCUCAUCCCUCAGCAUGACAAGGAUGUCAUUGUAUUCGCCACCUGCACCUACUCCAGCUACCUGUUUGUGUGUUUCCUUCACGACGUGAAGAAUGUCUUGAAAAUGUAUCGCCUCGCUUCCGGGGAGGAGCUCAGGACCUUUCCGCUAGAUGUCGGCUCCGUGGUUGGUUUCACGGGAAGGAAGCGCGACUCUGAGAUCUUUUAUUAUUUUACUUCCUUCCUCUCGCCAGCCAUCAUUUAUCACUGCGAUUUGACCAAGGAGCCUCUGCAGCCCCACAUCUUCAGAGAGGUCGUAGUCAAAGGCUUCGACCCAUCUGACUACCAGACCACCCAGAUCUUCUACGCUUCCAAGGACGGCACUCAAGUCCCAAUGUUCAUCGUCCACAAGAAGGGCAUCAAGCUAGACGGCUCCCACCCGGGCUUCCUCUACGGCUACGGCGGCUUCAACAUCUCCAUCACGCCCAGCUUCAGCGUCUCGCGGCUCAUCUUUGUGCGACACCUGGGCGGAGUCCUGGCCGUCGCCAACAUCCGGGGAGGAGGGGAGUACGGCGAGACCUGGCAUAAAGCGGGCAUGCUAGCCAACAAGCAGAAUUGCUUCACAGACUUUCAAUGUGCGGCCGAGUACCUCAUCAAGGAGGGCUACACCUCUCCGUCCAAGCUCACCAUCAACGGAGGCUCAAAUGGCGGCCUGCUCGUAGCGGCGUGUGUGAACCAGCGGCCGGAGCUGUUUGGCUGUGCCGUCGCUCAGGUGGGCGUUAUGGACAUGCUCAAAUUCCACAAGUUCACCAUCGGCCACGCCUGGACCACCGACUUUGGCUGCUCGGAAGAAAAGGAACAGUUCGAAUGGCUUAUCAAAUACUCCCCUCUCCACAACAUCCGAGUACCCGAGGACAAUGGGGUCCAGUACCCCGCCGUCCUCCUGCUGACGGGCGACCACGACGACCGCGUGGUGCCCCUUCACUCGCUCAAAUACAUCGCCACCCUUCAGCACACGGUGGGUCGCAGCGGCAAGCAGUCCAACCCCCUCUUCAUCCUCGUGGACACAAAGUCGGGCCACGGCGCCGGCAAGCCCACCAGCAAGGUCAUCCAGGAGGUGGCCGACACCUACGCAUUCAUCGCCCGUUGUCUCAAAAUCUCCUGGGUCAAAUAACAUCCAUCUCCUGUCGACGAACCACAAGCUAAUGUGCAAAGGCCAUACGUGGGGGUGGGGUUAAUGUGAUUGGCCAAUCAGCUGCUGUCAUGAGGCUUGAGUGGCAGCCCUUCACAUGGCGGAUGCUCUGUAUUAUUUAUUGUUGUUAUAUCGGCUUGCACGUUUCUCAUCAGGAUGCACCGUUCAAAUGGUGUGUGCAUGUGUGUAUGGAUGGAAUUCGCCACAAAGUUACAGAUUUCUACCUCUUGUCAUUGGCUGAUUGUUAUCAUUUGAAAGGGAGCAAAACACAAUAAACAUCUUUUUUAAGCACUGAUA